GCCAUCUUUGUUGAUGUGUCAGCUCUGCGGGGGCUUGGGGAAGUCGCGGCGGAGGGAGCUUGGUGUCGGCCCUGUUACUCAUCGCUGCCCCCCGCCCCUGCACUUCCUGUUCUUCUGGACCCCGUUAUGGAGAAGUUGGCCCCUACGCGGGAAUUCCAAUGGCCUCUUUAGGGGUGUGGCCUAAGGCUCGAAGAAGUGCGAUGUAAAACGAAGAUCAGGAACAGCUUUGAAGAGAUGCAAAGUGAAUUGGUGCCAGUCAGCAUGUCAGAAACAGAGCACAUAGCCUCCAUUUCCUCUGAUCAAAAUAUUGAGAAAACAUCUGAAAUAAAGGAAGACUCAUGCAAUUCGUUUUCUGGUGAUGAAAACAGCAGCUUAGAAAAUGAGUCCAAACUGUUGUCAUUAAAGUUUGAUAAAACUUUAUGUCAGCCCAGUGAACACAAUAAUCAAACUGAAACACAGGAAAAUUAUAUUCCAGAUCAUGGUGGAGGUGAGGAUUCCUGUGCUAAAACAGACAUAUGCCCAGAAAAUUCUGAACAAAUAGCUAAUUUUCCUGGUGGAGAUUUUACAAAGCAAGUUUUGAAAACAAAUGAAGCAGAACAAACAGUAACACAAAUAUUGGCGGAAUUAAGGUCAUCUACAUUUACAGAAGCAGCUAAUCAAAAGACCUAUUCAGAAAGUCCUUAUGAUACAGACUGCACCAAGAAACUUAUUUCAAAAAUGAAGAAUGUUUCAACAUCAGAGGAUUUGUUGGAAGAAAUAGAAUCUGAGCUCUUAUCUACUGAGUUUGCAAAAGAACACCGACUACCAAAUGGAAUGAAUAAGGGAGAAAAUGCAUUAGUUAUGUUUGAAAAGUGUGUGCAAGAUAAGCAUUUGCAGCAGGAGCAUACCAUAAAGAAGUUAAUUAAAGAAAAUAAGAAGCAUCAGGAACUUAUCUUAGACAUUUGUUCAGAAAAAGACAAUUUAAGAGAAGAACUAAAAAAAAGAACAGAAACAGAGAAGCAGCAUAUGAACACAAUUAAACAGUUAGAAUCAAGAAUAGAGGAACUUAAUAAAGAAGUUCAAGCUUCCAAAGAUAAAGUACUAGCUCAAGACAUUGCAACUAAAAAUGCAAUUCAGCAAUUACACAAAGAGAUGGCCCAUCGGAUGGAACAGGCCAACAAGAAAUGUGAAGAAGCACGCCAGGAAAAAGAAGCAAUGGUAAUGAAGUAUGUAAGAGGCGAGAAGGAAUCUUUAGACCUUCGAAAGGAAAAAGAGAUACUUGAAAAAAAACUUAGAGAUGCAAAUAAAGAAUAUGAGAAAAACACUAACAAAAUUAAGCAACUUUCUCAGGAGAAAGGACGGCUGCACCAGCUGUACGAAACAAAGGAAGGUGAAACUACUAGACUCGUCAGAGAAAUAGACAAAUUAAAGGAAGAUAUCAACUCUCAAAUCAUUAAAGUAAAAUGGGCACAAAACAAAUUAAAAGCAGAAAUGGAUUCACACAAGGAAACCAAAGAUAAACUCAAAGAGACAACAACAAAAUUAACUCAAGCAAAGGAAGAAGCAGAUCAAAUUCGGAAAAAUUGUCAGGAUAUGAUAAAAACAUAUCAGGAAUCAGAAGAAAUUAAAUCAAAUGAACUUGAUGCCAAGCUUAGAGUCACAAAAGGAGAACUUGAAAAACAAAUGCAAGAAAAAUCUAACCAGCUAGAAAUGCAUCAUGCCAAAAUAAAGGAACUAGAAGAUCUGAAGAGGACAUUUAAGGAGGGCAUGGAUGAGCUACGAACACUGAGAACAAAGGUAAAAUGUCUAGAAGAUGAACGAUUGAGAACAGAAGAUGAACUAUCAAAAUAUAAAGAAAUUAUUAAUCGCCAAAAAGCUGAAAUUCAGAAUUUAUUGGACAAAGUGAAAAUUGCAGGUCAGAUACAGGAGCAGCAUCAAAGAGGUAAACAAGAAAUUGAAAAUUUGAAGGAAGAAGUGGAAAGUCUUAAUUCUUUGAUUAAUGACCUACAAAAAGACAUCGAAGGCAGUAGGAAAAGAGAAUCUGAGCUACUACUGUUUACAGAAAAGCUCACUAGUAAGAAUGCACAACUUCAAUCUGAAUCCAAUUCUUUGCAGUCACAGUUUGAUAAACUUUCCUGUAGUGAAAGUCAGUUACAAAGCCAAUGUGAACACAUGAAACAGACAAAUAUUAAUUUGGAAAGUAGAUUGUUAAAAGAAGAAGAACUGCGAAAAGAGGAAGUCCAGACUCUGCAAGCUGAACUCACUUGUAGACAAACCGAAGUUAAAACACUGAGUACCCAGGUGGAAGAAUUAAAAGAUGAAUUAGUAACUCAAAGACGUAAACAUGCCUCUAGUGUCAAGGAUCUUACCAAACAACUUCAGCAAGCACGAAGAAAGUUAGAUCAGGUUGAGAAUGGAAGCUAUGAUAAAGAAGUCAGCAGCAUGGGAAGUCGUUCUAGUUCAUCAGGGUCCCUCAAUGCUCGAAGCAGUGCAGAAGAUCGAUCUCCAGAAAAUACUGGGUCGUCAGUAGCUGUGGAUAACUUUCCAGAAGUAGACAAGGCCAUGCUGAUUGAGAGGAUAGUAAGGCUGCAGAAGGCACAUGCUCGGAAAAAUGAAAAGAUAGAAUUUAUGGAGGAUCACAUCAAACAAUUGGUGGAAGAAAUUAGGAAAAAAACAAAAAUAAUUCAGAGUUACGUUUUACGAGAAGAAUCAGGCACACUUUCUUCAGAGGCAUCUGAUUUUAACAAAGUCCAUUUAAGUAGACGGGGUGGCAUCAUGGCAUCUUUAUACACAUCCCAUCCAGCUGAUAGUGGAUUAACAUUGGAACUCUCUUUGGAGAUCAACCGAAAACUACAGGCUGUUUUGGAGGAUACGUUAUUGAAAAAUAUUACUUUGAAGGAAAAUCUGCAAACACUUGGAACAGAAAUAGAACGUCUUAUUAAACACCAGCACGACCUAGAACAGAGGACGAAGAAAACCUAACACAAAGUUCUUCCUCAGUAAACAGACAAAAGCUACACAAGGAGCAGGUGCCAUUGCCCAGUAUUGUUGGAAACUUUUCCCUGCUUUGUGUGUCAGCCAGUAAAAAAUUUGUUUUGCUUCAUCUGUAUAAAAAAGUACCUUUUUACAAUACAAGUGCAUUGCUGUGUAUACUGUAAGAAUGUAAGCUUUGAUGAAACUUGUUUUUGUGUGGUGACAGCCUGUCAUUGAAUCAGAACAACUUAUUUAAUUUGCUGAUAGUCAUAUGAAGUGCUGAACAUUAUGACAAGGCUUUUGAAAACCCCUUCUCCAUAUUUCUUCCCUUUAAAAUAUAUAAUCUCAAAAUUGAUUUCACUUUUUAAAAUUAUGCAUGAAAGGACAGGUGUUAAUCAUUCAGUAAUAUGCUAUUUCUCCAACAUGAAGAAACCUAAAGAAGUGAUAAAAACUUGUUUUGACAUUCUAAUAUAACAUUUGCUUGUGUAUUAGGGAUGCCAAUGAGUUCUUAAACCAUUUGAUUUUAAUGGAAGCUAAUAGGAAAGCUAGCUUUUGGUAACUAGCAAUGAUCAGGCAUUGUAUGCCCCUGUCAGGUUUCCUUAUUUGUGCUAGGUACAUUUUUUUCAGAUUCGAAUUGAGUUAAUAGUUGAGUUUUUUAAAUCUCCAGUUACAUAAAAUAUGAUUUUAAAUAAUCUGCUCAUUUAGAGAAUUCCUGUGGACUUCAGUUAUAUUUUAAAAUGUGAAAUGGAUUAGUCUCAUUAGAACAGAGAGAUGAAUAAUGAAUUCUUUGAAACUGAAGUACUUUAGUUUUACUGACAUCAAGUAUAAAGAUAAAUUUAAGAUAUUUAUAAAGAACCAGUUCCCAAGAAAAUCCAGCAUAUGGCACUGUUAACCAUUUUAUCUGUGCACCAUUCUUUACUAUUGGUAUAAUUAUAUAUUAUAGUGGGGUGAUCUUACAGUCCCCAGAUAUGAUAUGUUUGGUAUAUUUAUUUAAAAUACAAAAUAAUUACAUCUCCGUAACCAAAGGAAUUUUAGAACCAAAUUUAUGUAUCCUGUUGGAGUUUUACAAUAUUUAUGAUGUACACUUAAAUGUUGACAGUCAUAGUAUCAGUAUUUCUGUCAUUGAAUUUUUUUCUCACCUCUUGUAAUUUCUCACUUAUUUUAAUUUUUGUGUGUGGUUUUUCACAUUUCAUUAUAUUCAGAUAAUUUCUAUAGUAGAUACCUUGGCACAUACACAGAUGUUGCAGCAAGCCUCAUUUUCGUUUUGGAUUUUCGCCAACUUCUUUCUCCCCUUAACAGAAGUAAGCUUUGCGGUGGAUUAAAAGCCUUUAAAGAAUUGUGUGGCAGGGCUUCCCUGGUGGCGCAGUGGUUGAGAGUACGCCUGCCGAAGCAGGGAACACGGGUUCGUCCCCCGGUCCGGGAGGAUCCCACGUGCCGCGGAGCAGCUGGGCCCGUGAGCCAUGGCCGCUGGGCCUGCGCGUCCGGAGCCUGUGUUCCGCAAUGGGAGAGGCCACAACAGUGAGAGGCCCACGUAGCGCAAAAAAAAAACAAAAAAAACAAGAA